CUAUGCGGUCCGUGUGGCCAUUAGUCACCCCCCCCCUUCCUUCCCCAGGCUCUCUGCCACUCGGUUAUGCGGAGUCAUUAAGAAAGGGAGGGGACUGAUCAGACGAGGAUGAGGGAUAGAGACAGAGUGGACAUAAUAGGGAAGAAAAAGCAAAAAGAAGCAGGUAGCUAUAAUUGUUCGUUGACUAUCUGGGGACCAAGUUUCCUUUUGGAUCAGGAGACCUUGCACACACUGAGGCCACGUGGAGGUGGAAGGCCACUUUCUCCGCCUCGACUGAGAGGAGCCCCGCCCCCUACAUCAUCCCCAGACCCUCUGUGAACUUUCACCUUAAAGUCACAGCUCGCCUGUCCCAGACCCCCGCAGAGCAUCCAUGACGGACGCAGUGAUGGGGACGAGCUCGGAGCGCUGGGGCCCCCACGGGAGGCAGUCGCGCAUGCCGGCCAGUGAUAAGGACCAGGCUGACUGGACGCCACAGCCCAACCCUCCCCCCGGGGACGACCUGACCGAUGAAGAGAAGGAGAUCAUCAACGGCGUCAUCGCUCGGGCCGAGAAGAUGGAGGCCAUGGAGCAGGAGAGGAUCGGCCGCCUGGUCAACCAGCUUGACACCAUAAAGAAGACAGUGUGUGGGGACGGAGUGUCACGCUGCCUGCUGUGUGGGGAGCUCCUGGGAGCACCUGGGGUCAGCUCUGUGGUGUGUGAAGACUGCAAGAAGAACAUGUGCACUAAGUGUGGCAUUCAGACUGGCCGGCGUCCUCGGGCUGUGUGGCUCUGCAAGAUCUGCGGCGAGCAGAGAGAGGUGUGGAAGCGCUCCGGGGCCUGGUUCUUCAAGGGCAUGCCCAAGCAGAUGCUGCCCUCCCCCAUACCCAUCUCCAAGAAUCGGGAAGCGAGUGCCCAGCCAAUUCCCAGUGCCCAGGAGCCUCCGGGCCCCGAAGCGAGGGCCCCCAGUCAGCCCAGGACACAAAGCAGGGGCCCAGUGGAGAGCCAGAGCCACAGUUCUGAGCAACAGCUGACAGAAACGCAGCCCUCAGGCCGAGGGGGAUAUCCUCCUGUGCCCCCCAAGCCCACUGAUGUGCAGCCAGGGCGAGGUCUCUACCGUGGGGAGAGCAGCGACGACACUCAGGGCAGCCCUGUGGUGCUGAAGCGGGCUGUUCCCGUGCAGAGCUCCAGGCCCCCCCAGACACAGGCAGCGUCAGCCAAGGCUGAGCAGGCCCCAAUGGAGAUGGAGCCCAAUUACUCCAGUGCACCAGCUCCCCUCAGAGAAGAAAGAGUGCCAUCUGGUGUCCAGGAGGAGAGGCGACAGCCUGCUGCCGCUUACAGUCGGGCCCCUGUGCGGCACCAGCCCCCGCCCCCGGAGAAGGAUGAGGAGGAGGAGGCCAACAGCUAUGACUCGGAUGAAGCAACCACUCUGGGCUCUCUUGAAUUCACCCUUCUCUAUGAGCAGGAGAACAACAGCUUGCACUGCAACAUCAUGAAAGCCAAGGGGCUGAAGCCAAUGGACUCCAAUGGGCUUGCAGACCCCUAUGUCAAGCUGCACCUACUGCCUGGGGCCAGCAAGUCCACCAAGCUACGCACCAAGACCCUGCGAAACACUCGCAACCCGACCUGGAACGAGACACUGGUGUACCACGGCCUGACCGACGAGGACAUGCAGCGUAAGACGCUUAGGAUUUCCGUCUGUGAUGAGGACAAGUUUGGUCACAAUGAAUUCAUUGGUGAGACUCGGGUGGCGUUGAAGAAGAUGAAGAUGAACCAGAAGAAGAACUUUAACGUGUGCCUGGAGAGAGUGGUGCCGGUGAAGCGGACGGCAACCGGGGGAGGGGCGCGUGGCAUUUCACUCUAUGAGGAUGAGACGGGGAAGGACAUCGGCGAUGUGGAGGAGCGCGGACGCAUUCUCAUCUCUCUCAUGUACAACACCCAGCAGAAUCGGCUCAUCGUGGGGGUGGUGCGCUGCGUACACCUAGCCGCCAUGGACGCCAACGGCUACUCAGACCCCUUCGUCAAAAUUUGCCUGAAACCAGACAUGGGUAAAAAAGCAAAGAACAAAACCCAGAUCAAGAAAAAAACCCUGAACCCCGAGUUCAAUGAGGAAUUCAGCUAUGACAUCAAGCACAGCGAGCUGGCAAAGAAGACCCUCGACAUCUCGGUGUGGGAUUAUGACAUUGGGAAGUGUAACGACUACAUUGGAGGAUGCCAAUUGGGCAUCACAGCUAAAGGAGAGCGUCUGAAGCACUGGUAUGAGUGCCUGAAGAACAAGGACAAGAAGAUUGAGCGCUGGCACACACUGAUGAAUGAGAACCACGUGUCCAGUGACUGAGCCCUGCUGCAUGUCCCCAGCACAUCUUGGUUCCACAUGUUUCCCAAAUUAUUUUUUAUUGACGCUCAGUGCUGUGCCAUCAACCAACAUGGCUACCGCUUAUAUCCUUGUAACCCUUGGCUGUAGUCAUGCUAUCUGUCUGACCAAAACCUGCAAAGAAAUAUCACAGGCCACAGGUGUGCUUUUUGCCCCCAGGUACAAAAGAGAUGUUUCUCCUUCUUGGAAGGAAAAGCUACUGAACCAUGACAUAAUAUAUGUGAAAAUCAAACAGUGCUAGCUACAGUAUAUAUACGCACCAUGCAAGCACUACCUGAAGUUAGCCACAAACAAUAAUUUUAACUCCUGAAUUCAAAAGCUGGAUUCUUUGUGGUUUCAAGCAUCAUUGUACAUCACCCCAGUAAAAUCAGCAAACUUGGUAAAAAGACUUGCAAGCUUGAAUGAAUACAGGAUGGACUUUAAGGUCCACUGGAUGUGACCCAGGGGUGGGUCACUGAUUAGCACUUUUGCUUGACACAUCCAGGGCUGAGGUGCUCGAGUUUCCUCCUGCAGUCCAAAGACAUGCAGUUCAGCUAAUUGGCAUCUCUAUAUUACCUGCAUUGUAUUGCAUGGUGUAUGUGGACUGGCCGUCUAUCCUGGGCGUAGCCUAGCUUCGUGUCCUGUGCUGCUGAGGAUAGGCUCCCCUGUUACCUUCACAGGGAUAAACAGUUAGAAGAUAAAUGAAUGUGUAAUUUCUAGCAACAGACAGAGUAGCGGCACAAAUCCUUGUUUUAGGAGUUUUAGGCACACAAAUCAACAGCUUGCUGUUAUAGACGUGGGAUUUCACCUUUCGGAUUACAUUCUGCUGCUGCAGUUCUCAAGAGGUCCUUUUUUAAAAAUAAUAAAAAAAAGAUUCAAUUAUUCUUUUGUUGUUUUGGUACCACUUUACAAUAAGGCUCCCUUUUGCUACUUGUAAAUGGUAGUAACUCAUUAAUAAAAACAAAACUAACUUGUUUAAAAUUGUCUAUUAAUUUACAAAGUGUUACAACCUAAUUAAUAAGAUUAUAAACCAUUCAUAAACUCUAUAUGGGUAUCGUUAUUGUAGAGUGGCACCGUUGUUUCUGUAUGAGGAGAGAAAAUAGUUAAAUGUCUGCGAAGCAGUUUUGAAGAUUCUAUUUUUUUUCUUAUUAUUAUUAUUAUUAUUAUUAUAUUACUACGGGAAAUUAUGUAACCGUGGAAGACUGCAGGAAAAAAACUGGCAAAAUAUGUAUAAAAACAUUCGUUCUCUAAAGGUGUCUUGAUGCGAAAACCUCUGAUCUUUCAGAUGCCUUUCCGAAGAUUCGUUUCCGUCGAGCUUUUCAAAAAAAACUGUGAUAUAACAUGCACCUUAACACAUUUCCGACGAUUUGUGCGUGAUGACAAAACGGAAAACCUUUGGUGAUAAUGCUUUUUUUGAGCCGCUGUAGGUAGUUCCUGAUAGCUCUGCCUGUGUUGCAUGCAUAAGCUGUGGUUGGUGGCCGUGGUGUUUGUGCAAAGAGCUGCCUUGGACCUCUGACCAGAUCCACGUAGACAGGGAUCUGUUUACCCCACCCUCCAGCUCCAGCGCCUGUCGAUCACAGAAGCUUCUGUGUGCAACACCAGACUCGCCGCGAAGGAAAGCACACGCUAUAGUACAAUGGAAUGACCUCAUACUUUUUCAUCGAAAUCUGCAAGUUUUUUGGAUCUCUAUGCAUGACUGUACCGCUUUUCCCGAUAUAGAACAUUUUUUCGGUUUAUUACAGAUUAAAUUCCUCUCUUCAUUUUAAAUAGAUGUGAACGUUUUUCUGUAUUCUGCAGUUUUUCUUUUUCUUUUUAUCUUUCCAGUGUCUUCCAAGCCGGUGUUCUGUCGAGUUGAGCUACUUUGUUGAGUUAGGCUAUGUUGGAGCACGGCGUCUCCACCGGGUCCGUGGAUGAGAAGAGAUUCACAGCUGACACGGGGAGAAGUUGCAAAUCACCGGUUUAUUGUCUUGACUGAUUAUAAUCAGGGAGCGGCCGUCUGACAUACAUUCAGCAUGUACAGGAGGAGGCUCUGCCAUAUCCUAACUCUUUCCCUAACCCCCCAAAAACCCUUACCUUAACCCUAACCCCUAAAACCUAACCCUAAUCAAAAGACAGUAGGACUGUACGUGUCCAGAAAGGCUCAAUUGCACGUCUCGAUAGGUAGCUGAACUUGUCAGAACACCGGAACAUAACAUUGUCACAACAUUCCCGUGACGCUGAAGUUUUAACCGCGACUCCUCGGCGUCAGUGCUGCGCUGUAACGACCCUCCUUAUGUCAUCUCCCAGCUGAGUGCACUUUGGUCUUUUAGGGCAGUUUCCCAAUCUCGGGAACCCACAGACAGUCCGCGUAUUUGGUCCCUCCCAGAUAAAAAUGUGGACUGUCGGAGGGAGCAAAAACGUUGAUCUUCUGCGGAUCCCCGAGGACCGGGUUGAGAAACAGUGUUGUAGGAUAUGGAGCUGUUCAAUCACACCAAUAUAUUUCAGUCAGUUUUCAAACGAUAAAUUUUACCCUUAAAAGCAUAACGUUUUGCCGAAAUAAAUGUUAAAAUAUAAAAGUGAUAGUGUCCAUUCAGAUGCAUGUAUAAAUGUGUGGUCGUAACAUACAUGCCUGAACACGUGAGUCUAUUUGUAUGGAAUGUAUAUUGAAAUCUGUUCCCUACGUAACACAUUUUUAUUGAAGUGGGUAUAAUCUGAACGUAACAGUUACUAAAACAUUAUGAGGAUUACGUGUAAUGUUUUGUAUGUAAAAUGUUUUAAAGUUGCUAUUCUCAAGUAGAAAACGAAAAACGUAAAAAGGUGAUUAAGUAAUAAGUUAGGUAAUAGGAUUACUGUAGGUUUUAAGUAUUGAGUUACGCAGUUAGCUGUUAUAUAUUAAUUUGUCGGUGUCUCAUAGAAGAUCUAGGGGUGCACUCAGUUUUAAGGACAUCUCCACUCACCAAUGUUUUACCUAUUUAUCCGUUCCCUGUUUCAUUUAGAAAAGUUUUAUUUUGCACAUUUGUAGGCUAUGUUCUGCCUAUAAUGGAAUGAAUUGUGACUGACUUAUUUGUACAUAGUGCAUGUAGAAGGGAAGAAACUAGUAUGUUUGCUAUUGAAUUUGCAUGUAAAAUUUUACAUUGGAUUUGGUUUAUGUAGACCAAUAAAAAGAUUAAAAGAGCCUAUUAAGA